GGUUGUAGUUAAUUGUCAAAUACAUGGAUGUGGACCCAUAAAUAGCCCCUGACUUUCGAUUAUAUGCUCUCUUUCUGGCAUUGCACGAGCCUUCCAGACAUCGGAGAGGAGGUAGUUCAUAUCUGCUACACAUGGAGCAUUUCGCCAAAGCAUAAUAUGCCGCUGAUCGAGUCGCCAUAUUCGGAUAUGGAUUCGGAUAUGGAUUCGGAUGUGGCUACAUUGGCAUCCUUCAGGCUAUGGACGACAAGCAGGGGUUGAAAGCGGCGAGGUAUCUAUAGUAUGGGCGGUAUACUGCCUCCAAUCUCCACCACAGGUCGUUGUUCUCCUGAUCGUUCGGCUUUUUUCUUUUUCCUGUUCGUGCGUUGUAUUCUUCCAUUCCCGACUAAACUGCAACGACUUGCAAGUUACAAUGGCGAGGCCGAUGCUGUUCUGUUUACAACUUGUUCUUUUCCACUUCGCCUAUACUACUCUUGCUGUCCUCAACCAUUGCUAUUACCCAAAUAGAAAAGAGGCUGAAGAUGAUUCCCCCUGUAAUCCCGAUUCAGACUCCAGUGCCUGUUGUGGUGGUAGUAUUGGUACUGUUUGUCUUUCCAAUGGCCUAUGUCAAGGACCUAACGGAGCUGUAAUUCGGGGCUCUUGUUCGGAUAUGAAUUGGGAUUCAGGGAACUGUGCAAAUUACUGCUUAGGCGCCUCGCUUGGCGGCACUGACCUGAUUUCUUGCGCAAACGUUACCAAGGACGACACGUCGUAUUGUUGUAAUGGUGCUGAAAAUUGUUGUGAUUCUGGAGAUGGGAGGUUUUCUGUUGGACCGCAUAAUCCAACCACAUCAGCAACCUGGAAUGCCGCUUCAACUAAAUUCAUAGUGGUGGGAAUAACAUCAACAUCAACAUCAACAACAUCAGCAACAACACCAACAACACCAACAAUUUCUUCGACAAGCGCUACGUCAACAAAAGACUCAACGACGUCGGCAUCUGGUUCAACUACGCCUAGUGCUGCUAGCUAUAGUUCCACAAACGGUGUUUCUACUAACACAGGUGUGGCUUUCCAACCAGAUAUCACCCCUUCUUCUGCCGGCACGGCAGCCUCUUCUUCAUCUGAUCUUAGCGAUGGCGCGAAGGCCGGAAUUGGCAUUGGCGCCGUAAUAGGGGUGCUACUCAUUAUUGGCUUGGUAUACGCAUUGUGGAGGCUGCAGAAGAUGAACAAGAUGUUAGCCAAGGAACAACCCGGAAAUCAAUACGGCCAAAUCCCCGUGCAUCCGACAUCACAGGUCGCAACAUCACAGAUCGCAACAGCUCCGAACGGUGUUAACGUAGCGCCACCUGUACCUCCCAAGAGCGAAGGCCAGAUAUCGGAAUUGUACGGACACUACAGCCCUCUUCAUGAAUUACCCGCCGAAUCUACAUAACAUAUAUAUGCCUUAGAUAAUUCGGGUUUAGAAAAGGGGGUUUGGUGGUUAAUUAAUUGAUAAAAUGGCAGAGCUGUAUAGCUAAUAAGCCGUCUCUUGUGGCCGACGGUAUACUCCACGCAUAGGCAAGACUAGACGGUGGGCUGAGCCAGCCCGGGAGUCUAAGACAUAAGCAAUGGUCGGAUGUUGUUGAAUAGUAAUCUGCCUCUCUCUUACUGGGCCUUGCCGUCAUAAUUGGAGCUGUCGAUAUUCUGCACCGUGGUGGCAUCAUCGGCGCCAAGCCGGAGUGGAUGGUGGGUUUAGGAAGGCGACUACCGUUAUUGUUAAUGCUUGCGACUUUGCGUUGCAUUGCUCGACCCCAAAUGCCUUUUGGAACUGCAAAAUGUACUUAUUAGAAUAGUGUAUAUAUAGG